AUGUCUACCGUUGCGAAAAAGAAGAAAAUACGCCAAGGUCACCGAGCUUACGCUUCGAAAAUAUUAGGAAAUGUGAAAAGCGUAAUACAGAAUUAUGACUCGUCGAAUGAAAGCAGAUUGAGACAACUCAAGAUUUCCUUAGAACAGAGAUUAAAGAAACUGAAAACUUUAGACGAAGAAAUACUUGAAGUUAUUGAAGACAGCGAAAUUACGAGCGAAAUAGAAGAGUCUGGAGAGUUUACCGAGAAUAUUUAUGGAGCUAUUGUAGAGAUCGACAGCGUUUUGUCGAAGAGCAAAUUACACCAACAACUAGAAAACAACGGAGACAAUUUAAUCGGAGAAGCAGAGAGUUUAUCGCAAAGCAAUGGAUCGAAGAAUAAACACGCAAAACUACCGAAACUUGUAUUAAAUACAUUUUACGGAGAACGAUGA